GAGGAAGUGUUGUACUGAAGAAGAUUCGAUUACGGACAUGUACGGAUCCAGGACGCCUGGAAGGAGUGAACUGGAGUAUAGACUGAAACACCUCCGAGAGUGCACGAAGCGAACUUUAGAUUGAAUUUCACAAGGAUUAUUAUUGUUAUUUGUACCACUUCCAGUGCGACAUUUCGAGAGCUUUCAGCUUUUGUUAUGCACACCGAGACUUAUUUGGAAUUACAAGAUGUACUUCAUUCAUUUGUCAGAAAUUUUAUCAAAGUCUAAGGCUUUAUGAAAGCGAUACUGCGCAUCUGACAGGAUAUGAGUGGUGACAGCAAGUGAUUGUUUAUAGUUUUGAUUAAAUUUGAGAUCUCAUUCACACAGAUCAAUCGCGAUCACUCUGACCCGUCAGCAUCAGAUCGUUUUGCUGCGCAUAAAUUAAACUGAGCGGCUGAAAGAGAAAUCGAUCAUCCAUUCCAAAGCUUUAGACCAGUUGCCCCUUUAACCAGCGUGGAACUUUUUAAAAUCUUCUUGAUCAUGCCAGUGAGAAAGAAAGAUGCGCACAGAGCGCUGCGACUUCUGGAAGAAUACAGAGCUAAACUCAGUCAAACUGAGGACCGUCAUCUCAGGCUCUCCACUGAUAAAGUCAUCAACAUAUUUGAGAGUACACUCUUCCAGGCUCUAAUAGAUAUCCAGGAAUGUUAUGAAGUGAGCCUGCAGGAUAAUGAGGAUAAGCCCAAAGAGCUUUCAAACCUCAAAACAGGACAACCCAUUCCUCCUGUUAAUGAAUGGAAUCUCUCUGGCUCUCCCAGCACCACUGUACCAUCAGAAACUGUGUCCAGCAGCCAUUCUACUAUUGAAGAGAAAUACAGAUAUCAGGAUGAGGAUACCAUAUCACCUCCAGAACACAACUCUCCUCACCUGCCCGGGGAUAUGCGUCCUCCUGAGCUAGUGCAGGUGUCGGAGAAGAACAUCUCACAGAUUGAGAAUGUACAUGGCUAUGUCUCCCAUUCACACAUUUCUCCAAUGAAGCAGGCAGAUGUCAUUCCUUCCUCUGCUCCCAUAAUCCCUGUGAUCCCUAUCUCACCCAUCCCAGCUGAGACCACUGCCAUUCCUGCACUCACGUCACAGGCAAGCCCAGCACCGGUGGUGGUGAACACAGAAAGCCUUGACAGCUCACCCUAUGUAAGUCCAUAUGUGAAUGGUACAGGAGCUGAUUAUGAAUAUGAAGAAAUUACACUUGAACGGGGGAACUCAGGCCUGGGUUUUAGUAUUGCAGGCGGUACAGAUAACCCUCACAUCGGCGAGGACCCAAGCAUUUUUAUUACCAAGAUUAUCCCUGGAGGAGCUGCUGCACAGGAUGGCAGACUCGGAGUUAAUGACUGUAUACUGCGGGUAAAUGAUGUAGACGUGAGAGACGUAACUCACAGUAAUGCUGUAGAGGCACUAAAGGAGGCAGGCUGCAUUGUCAGACUGUAUGUCAGAAGAAGAAAAGCCAUCACAGAAAAAAUUGUGGAUGUUAAACUGGUAAAAGGUCCUAAAGGUCUAGGUUUCAGUAUAGCUGGAGGUGUUGGAAACCAACAUAUUCCUGGCGACAACAGUAUUUAUAUUACCAAAAUCAUUGAGGGAGGAACGGCCCAUAAAGAUGGAAGGCUACAGAUUGGGGAUAAACUUCUUGCUGUGAAUGCUGUUUGCCUUGAAGAGGUGACUCAUGAAGAUGCCGUGACUGCCUUGAAAAACACCCCUGAUGUCGUCUAUUUAAAAGUGGCGAAACCCACCAGUGUCUUUAUGAAUGAUAGUUAUGCUCCUCCCGAUGUCACCAGCUCCUAUUCCCAGCACAUGGAAAACCAUAUAAGCACCCAAAGUUAUCUGAGUCAGCCAUUAACCCCCGCCACCCCAUCACGCUACUCCCCUAUCGCAAAAGGCAUGCUGGGAGAGGAUGAGAUCACAAGAGAGCCUAGGAAGAUUGUCUUGCAUCGGGGCUCCACAGGACUGGGUUUCAACAUUGUAGGAGGAGAGGAUGGAGAGGGAAUUUUCAUCUCCUUCAUCCUAGCUGGAGGGCCUGCAGAUCUGUGUGGAGAACUGAGGAAAGGAGACCGUAUCACUUCUGUAAAUGGGGUGGACCUCCGCAGUGCGACUCAUGAACAGGCGGCUGCUGCACUGAAGAAUGCUGGCCAGACAGUCACCAUUGUGGCUCAGUACAGACCUGAGGAGUACAGUCGAUUUGAAGCCAAAAUCCAUGAUCUACGGGAACAGAUGAUGAACAGCAGCAUUAGUUCAAGUUCCGGCUCUUUGCGGACUAGUCAGAAGAGGACCCUGUAUGUCAGAGCCCUGUUUGAUUAUGACAUUAUGAAAGACUCAGGCCUGCCCAGUCAGGGGCUGAACUUCCACUUUGGCGACAUCCUGCAUGUCCUGAACGCCUCGGAUGAUGAGUGGUGGCAGGCACGGCAUGUGACUCCAGAUGGUGACAUGGAAGAGAUUGGCGUCAUUCCUAGCAAAAAGAGGGUGGAGAGAAAAGAGCGGGCCAGGUUAAAGACGGUCAAAUUCAACUCUAAAUCUCGAGACAAAACGCAGUCAUUCAAUGACAAGCGUAAAAAGAACCUCUUUUCACGAAAAUUCCCUUUCUACAAGAACAAGGACCCAAGCGAGCUGGAAACAAGCGAUUUGGACCAGCAUGUCACUUCUAUUGCCAGCGAUAGUGAAAGUAGUUACUGUGGGCAGGAAGAAUUUGUUCUGUCUUAUGAGAACGUCACGCAACAGGAAGUGAGUUACAGUCGUCCAGUGAUUAUUCUUGGACCCAUGAAAGACCGGAUCAAUGAUGAUCUGAUCUCAGAAUUUCCCGACAAGUUUGGAUCAUGCGUUCCCCACACGACUAGACCAAAGCGAGACUAUGAGGUCGAUGGCAGAGACUACCAUUUCGUUAUAUCACGGGAGCAAAUGGAAAAAGACAUUCAAGAACACAAGUUCAUUGAGGCCGGCCAGUAUAACAACCACCUUUAUGGGACAAGUGUGCAGUCAGUUCGAGAGGUUGCAGAGAAGGGCAAACACUGCAUUCUGGAUGUCUCGGGCAAUGCUAUCAAACGACUCCAGUUAGCACAGCUCUACCCCAUUGCUGUGUUUGUGAAACCAAAAUCAGUGGAGAAUAUUUUAGAGAUGAACAAGAGGUUGUUGGAGGAGCAAGGGAGAAAGACAUAUGAGAGAGCCAUGAAACUGGAACAGGAGUUCCUUGGUCACUUCACGGCCAUUGUUGAAGGGGACACAUUGGAAGAGAUCUACAACCAGGUCAAACAAGUCAUCGAGGAGCAGUCAGGGCCGUAUAUUUGGGUACCAGCCAAAGAGAAAUUGUGAGAAGGCUCAAGACAAAUAAACCUUACACUACUUUAAAAACUUUUUGUAUUCUUUUUUUUCUUUCUGUCUUCUUUUUUAUACCAACCUGGCCUGCUGCUUGCAUUGGCUCUCUGACCCCCAGGCAUAAGAAAUACAUGUUUUCUUUGGACGGGAUUGGGGGUCACGGUGGUCUUAUGGCCGCCUCACUCUCUUUGAGACUGCUGUCUAGAACUCGCAUUCCAGUCUUUGCAUUUCAACCUCCAAUGGGAGGAGAUAUGCCUGACCAGCGACUUACUGGACAGAUUUUACGGUACAGAUUCCUUAAUGUUUAAGGGAGGUGACUUUCUUGAUGGAAAAGUUAAUGCAUUAAAUACAUUUUGGUUGCUGUCGGUUUGUUUGUCUCCACCCAAGCCCCCCCAACAGAAGUCAGCACUUCAUGUGUCUGUACACUUGGAAAAGACAUGAAGCAACACUUUGUAUGUUUUAGCAUUAUGAGCAUGUUUUUGGCAAUUAUUUUUCAGUUAAAAUAUGAUCUCAAGUUUUUGUCACAGAUUUGAGCUACGUGAACUACAGCCACCAUAUUACUUUUGCUUUCUCUUUUAUCUUGUAAGAUCAAGCAGCCUAUUCAUUUACACAGCUGAUCUGUUUAACCACAGGUACACAAAGAGGACAAAAACAAUUGGCACAAAGUUUAUUCUUUUUCUAUAUUACAUGCCUGAUUGUCUUAAAGACCUGUGUACAUUUUAAUCAAGGUGCAUACGAGAGUAGCUUUUAGUUGAGGUGGCAAAAGGAACGGCUUACAAUUAUCGCUAACAAUUAGGUUUAAAAUCCAGGUGAUGACAUAUUCUUACUUCAAGAACCAAUGCAAAUAAGAGAGUAUAAAAUGUAUAUUCUUCAACCCUCAGUAAACUGCCUAUUUUGUUAUAAUAAAGGUCUAUAUUGAGCUUUAAUUAAACUACACCUAUGGGAACUAUUUUCUUUAUAAUUUCAAACAUACAAGCAUGUGAAAAUGUGUGUAUGUAUAUAAAAAUAAAUAUAAAUAGAUAUAUAUUUUCCUUUAAUUUACCACCAUCUAUUUUAUUGUUUAUGGUUUGUUGUUUUGCAAAGCACACCGAAACACAGGACUUCUGGUCUGAAUGAUUGCGUUCGAUUGCAUCAGGUAAAACAAUGUGAAAUCUUAAAUUGGCAGUUUGUAUUAUGUAGCCCUCUCUCCUAACGUAGUUAUAUUUACUUUCCAAUGUGACAUGCAUGAUUUCUAAAGGCAAUAGUCUUUAACACGUUAAAUAUGAGUAUAAUACUGAGAAGGCUUAUUUUUUGGUUCUCAAAUGGGAUUGUGAAAAUGAAAGUUAGCAUGUAAUGUAAAUGUUAGAGGCUCAUAGACUUUUGCAUCCAUGUAUGUGAACUUGUUGAUUGCCCAUAGCUGAAGAGAGAUUUGCUUUGCCACUCACUAACACAAGCCUUUAACUCUCCACCAGGGGGCGCACUGACAGCAUUCCCAUAUUCAUUUUAAAGUUAUCGGAGAUGAUUGUUUUCUAAAAGAUUGCUUCUCUAACAUGUCACUGUUGCUUUCUAACUAAUUUUUUGACUGGAUUAUAUGAAUAAUCUGCCAAUUUGAUUCAUUCCAUUUGUCAAAGAGGAGAACAGCUAAUUAAAAUACUUUUUCUCAUACACAGUGUUUAUGAAUGUAUUAUUUUUUGUUUUGUAGAGUUAUGAA